CACUCACCACUAAGACAAACAGGAGAAAAACAGAGCAACAAAGUCAUCACGUGCAACUCCUCUGCUGCGCAACAGACACCAACACACACCAUGAGGCCCGGAGCCGAGUUCGUCGCCAUGAGCCACCAAGCGGGAGCGCCGACGGCGGCGCCGGGGCAUGGGCUGAUCAACGGGACGGCGGCGGCGCCGCACUCGCCGUGGCAGUCGCCGGUGCCGUACCUGUUCGGCGGGCUGGCGGCGAUGCUGGGGCUCAUCGCCUUGGCGCUGCUCAUCCUGGCGUGCUCCUACUGGAAGCUCUCCCGGUACCUCGACGGCGAACGGGACGGCCAGGCGGCGGGGGAAGCCGACGGGGAGAAGGACUCGGUGUCUGGCGCGGCCAGGCCGGCCAUGGAUUUCCUGGAGCACGUGGUGGUCAUCAUGGCCGGCGACGAGCGGCCCACCUUCCUGGCCAAGCCGGUCACCAGCCGGGCUGCCAAGGUUGAGCUCGCGUCCACGGACGCGCCGGCGAGCGCGAGCGCCGGCGGGGACGGGCAGGAGACGAAGAUGGACGAGCAGGGCAGCGAGGUGAACUCGCAUCACGGCGCCGACUCGGCGAGCCCGAGCCGUGAUCACCACGACGCGGCGAGCCUGAGCGGCGACCAUGACCACAACGUGGCCAACCGGAGCCACAACCACCUCGAUGACCAUGACCAUGCGAGGAGCAGCACGACGGCACUGCAAGAAAGCUCAGUGGAGAUUAAUGGAGAUACAUAUGGGAGACUUGGAAGUUUUGCCAAUCCAAAGACAUAUGGAGAUACAUAUGCUCUGCUUCAGUUACAGCUCUCUGAAGAAACGGACAACACUCCACACCAUUAUUAUUCCCCAUCUUUCGGCGCAGCUCCUCUGCCCACCAGCACAGCCAUGAGGCCCGGAGCAGAGUUCUUGGCCGCGAGCCACCUCGCGGGGGCGCCGACGGCGACGCCGGCGCACGGGCUGCUCAACGGGACGGCGGCGCCGCACUCGGCGUGGCAGUCGCCCGUGCCGUACCUCUUCGGCGGGCUGGCGGCCAUGCUGGGGCUCAUCGCCUUCGCGCUGCUCAUCCUCGCCUGCUCCUACUGGAAGCUCUCCGGGUUCCUCGAAGGCGGCUCCGACGGCCAGGCGGCGGGGGACGCCGACGGGGAGAAGGGCUCGGCGUCCGGCGCGUCCAAGCCGGCCAUGGAUAUCCUGGACCACGUGGUGGUCAUCAUGGCCGGCGACGAGCGGCCCACCUUCCUCGCCAAGCCGGUCACCAGCCGGGCCGCCGAGGCGGAGCUCGCUGCCACAGCGGCCCCUGACGCGAGCACGCGCGCUGGCGAAGUGCAGGAGAAGAAGGCGGGCGAGCAGGGCCGCGAGGCGAGCUCAAACCCCGGCGCCGACGCGGCGAGCCGGAGCCGUGAUCACCACGACGACGCGGCGAGCCAGAGCCGCGACCAUGACGAAGACGCGGCGAGCCGGAUGGACAACCACCACCACCAUCACCAUCACCAUGACCUCGAGAGCAGCGGCACGACGGCGCUGCAAGAAAGCCGGCAAUAAAAGCGGGCGGCCAUCCCUUGUUCGUUUCAGCUUUCUCUUUCCCCCGGGCAGCUUUCCCUCUUUCCCCACCCCAUCUCCAUCUUCCUCCUCCCGUCCCGGCACUUGCCGCUAGAUUUAGGCCGGAGCGUGUAGAUUCCCGGCGAGAUUGGUCAGGUCCGAAAGAAAAGAAAAGAAUCAACGGAGAUGUACAUGAGAAAGUCGAGAGCUUUGCCAAUCGAAAGCCCCUGAAUCUCCGGAACAAUCUCACAAGCAUCACACCACACUACUCCGCUUCCGUUGCUCCUCCCCGAAGAAACGGACGGCGCCGCAUCCCCGUCCACGCCAUCGCGUCGCGCUCCGGCUAUCUUCCGGCAAACUUGCAACAACUUUCAGCCGGAUUACGAUGAGUAGCUGGACUCCAUUUGGUUGUAUAUGCGGAGAAAAGCAUAUGCAAAUCCAACGGCUCCACCUCCACCCCCACUUUCAGCUAUGGCGCCAGCAGCUGAGCCGGCGGUGCGGGUGCGGCCAACGUAAGCGGACACGGUGACUUUGUGCGCGCACCAGCCUUGUCGGCCCGGCGCUCGCUGAUGGGCAUGAGUGACGCCUCCUUGCAGUCGCUUGUGUGCCGGGGAUGGGGUGCUUAUCUGCAAAUGGCACUGCCACUUAAUGUUAAUGGUUAACACGGGAUUCUCUUUUGGUGUGCAAUGGAAACGGUACGGCUCGAAAGAAGCAGAGUUCCAUGCUUGCAAGCUACAGGUAGUAAGUAGCACUGGCUAGAAUAAAUGGCAAACCAGUCUGUUGUGGUUGAAUGAUUAAGAGACAGUGGUGUCAAUUGCUUGUCAGAGUUUAAGUUUCAGACUUUCGUGCUUGCAUUUUUAAAUUUAUUCUAGGUCUUUCGACGA